AACAUCAGGGAAGUGUUUUACGUAGCUGAGGCAAAACAAGGAAAUUGUUUUUGAUGAAAAGCUCAUAAAGGAAUUAGCCGCACCGCAGUAAUGUCCUUUCUGUGGUAUUAGUACCAAUGUAAAGUUGGUUAACCGAGUGUUAUUCGAGACUUUAUCGCUACGAAGAGGAGGGCGAAUAAUUACGACAUCAACCUGAGCUUCCUGAAGUUAAGCUAGGUAACCUAAACCAACAGAAGGAGAAACACGGAGUUCAGGGAAAGGUUAACGAACAGUUUGGCGUGGUAAUAUAUCUAAUAACUCGGAUUAACGAGACUUCCACGAUGUCUCUGGCCGACCAGAGCCAGACUUGGUUCCCUACGAGUGUGCAGGUAACGGUGCACCAGGCUCGGAACCUGCGUCCAAAGGGCAAGAAUGGCACCAACGACGCCUAUGCCAUCAUGCAGGUGGCCAAAGACAAGUUUUCUACAUCGGUGUCGGAGAAAUGCAUCGCCCCGGUGUGGAAAGAAGAGGCUUCCUUCGACCUGCCACUCUUCCACCCGGGAAACGCUGACCGGUGCACGCUGCAUAUCAUCGUAAUGCACCGGGCCCAGGUGGGGCUCGACAAGUUCCUGGGUCAGGCUGUGGUCAACCUGCUGAACCUCCAUGACAACAAGUCCAGCAAAAAGACAGAGUAAGUGACU